GUGAUGUGAUCUACUUUCUUGGUCUUAGUGAGGACUCGAGCAGCAGAGUUUUGGAUCAGCUGCAAUUGUCUGAGUGUUUUUUUUAGGUAAACCUGUAAAGAUACUGUUACAGUAAUCAAGCCGACUGAAGAUGAACGCAUGGACGAGCUUUUCCAGGUCCUGCUGAGACAUCAGUCCUUUAAUUCUUGAGAUAUUUUUUAAGUGAUAAUAAGCCAACUUUGUAAUUGCUUUGAUGUGUUUUUCAAAGCUGAGUUCUGAGUCCAUCACCACACCAAGAUUUCUGGCCUGGUCUGUGGUUUUUAGCUGUAGAGACUGAAGCUCUAAGCUCACUUUUAAUCGCCCCUCCUUGGCUCCAAAAACCAUUACCUCAGUUUUGUCUUUAGUUUUGUCUUAAAGCUAGCAGCAGAACGCUAUUAGACUUCCACACCUUGAUUUCCACAGGAGGAAGAUUCAUAACCAACCCCCAUUUUGCUGAUAACAUUAUGGAAAACAGCAAAACAGAAAACAGGAGCUUAACAUCAUAUUUUGGGGGACAUUUGGUGUCUAUGGAAUGGAAAUAAGCAGGAUUCUAGUCAACAGCUGCAGCCAACAAUCAUUAGGGUUCAAUGGCCAAAAUUUGGAAAAUGGAAAGGCUGACCCUGGGUCUUUUGUGAGAGAUGAAGGUGGUUCUACAAAAGAAACCAAAGCAAAGAUUGACACAGCAGUCUCAGUCAUAAUGAGACUUACCACCAUUUGCAGAAGCAAGGCAUCAGCUUCCCUCUGAAGAUCAAGUACAUCAAGACACUGAUAGUGUCUUGGUUUUAGAUGUGACAGCUGGACACUCACUGGGAAUAAUCACAUAAAGGAUAGAGGCACUUGAGAGCAAGUGUUACAGAAGAACAUCCCACCUCUCAGAAUAUACAAAAGAACAAAUAUUACUACAUCUGCUGGAGAACUCACCUGGUACAGACACAUGGAAAGACACAUCUACCAAGCAAAGACCAUCCUUUGCAGGAACAGAAGAAGGGACACAACAAAGAGGUAGACAGAAAAAAUCCUGACAAGACAAAACCAACAAAUGCACUGACUGCAGCUUCACAACCUUUGAUACACACAACAGAAGAUCAAGAGCUGAGAAGAUCCCCGACUUCCCGAGCAUCUAUCGGGACGCCCCUACAGCGCCCGAGGCUACAGGAUGACCACUUUAGGGAUCACACAAAACGAGUGGCUCCGAUCAGGAUGGUGAAAUCUACCUUUCUGCAUUAAGAAAAAAAACCUAUGGAAAUAUCUUGGAAAACGGACGUCCUCAGAAUGAACUCCUCUGCGCCUCCGCUGCUGCAACUUCUCCUCGUCGUGGCGCGGAUGGAUGCGCGGAUGCUGGAGGAUCGUCUCCCGAAAUAAAGUUGAGCGGCAGAGAGAGAGCGAUCAAGUUGCGAGUGAAAGAAGACGGACUUGAUUCAUUAUCGGAUCACUGAAUCGCAGAGCUUUUUCCCUCCCAAUUACUAUUAUUAUUCGCAGCUCUGGCAAGAUCGGAAGAGUUAUUCUUAAGAGCGCAUCCUUUUGGUUCUUAUUGCCAAAUCAGAUCAGUCCGGAGAGGAUGAGGUGUCGCUGGGUGAAGAAGCAUGAGCUGUCAGAGAAUCAGUCAUAAGCGGCUGUCUCUGCUAUGGGAGGGGGCGGCUCUCAGCCUCUGGCUCUGCUGCUGCUGGACCUCCAGGGCCGCCGCCGCCUCUGGAGCUUCAGCCGCCGGACAGAGCGACGGCGCCCCCGGCUCCCUGGGCUGGCUGCUGUCGGAUAAAGGGCCCUUCCAGCAGUCCCUGGAGUUCACGGAGGCUGCGGAGAGGUACCAGCAGGGCUUCAGCACCAGAUACAAGAUCUAUAGGGAGUUUGGUCGAUGGAAGGUCAACAGCCUGGCGGUGGAGAAGCGGGACAGUUUUGGUGGCAGCGGCGGUUUGGCUCUGCCCCUCGACCCCGACUUCAUGCACACCAUCCGCCAGCUGGGGAGGCGGCCAACCCUCCAGACGAUUACAGAGAGUCUAAUCAAGAAAUAUGGCACCCACUUCCUCCUCUCUGCCACUCUGGGAGGGGAGGAAUCUUUGACGAUAUUUGUGGACAAAAGGAAGCUGAGCCAGGAGUCUUCGGCCUCGGGGCCCGAGGGCAGCCGAGGCAGCAGCAGGAAGUCAAAUACAACGGGGACGGUGACCCUGGAAGCCCUCCACCAGCUGGCUGCUUCCUACUUCACAGACAGAGAGAGCACCCUGCGCAGAUUGCACCACCUCCAGAUUGCAUCCUCUGCCAUACGGGUGACUGAAACCAGAACUGGGCCGCUGGGAUGCAGCAACUAUGACAAUCUGGACACUGUGAGCUCUGUGCUGGUCCACAGUCCAGAAAACAAAGUUCAGCUGCAAGGGCUGCAGGUCAUCCUACCGGGAUAUUUACAGACCCGCUUCAUUCAGGCAGCUCUCGACUACAUUGGCUGUAAAUCCGAGGGCCGGUUUGUUUGCCAGAACAGUGACUGCUGGUGUGAGUGCAGCAUGGAUUUCCCUCAAUGUAACUGCCCCCACUCAGACCUGGACACUCUGGAGAACAACCUGCUGCGCAUCAGAGACGCCUGGAGGCUGACCAACCAGGAGUUUGAAGAGUCUGAGGAGUUCCAAAGCUUUGUUGGGAAACUGCCAACCCACUACGCUGUAAACACAUCUGUCGUGGAACACUUGUGGAGGACGGACGCCAGCCUGCUCCAGCGCUACAGGCAGCUGGAGACCAGUAGCAACCAGCUUUUCACCAAAGCUCGCCGCACCACUAACAAGCUCUUCAGCCUUAGCAAGAGGUGCCGAAAACAUCCGAAAAUAAUCCUGCAGAGGCCGAGGCCUCUGCACUACUGGUUGAGCUACGCUCUCUCCAUUUUGUACUGCAGUGAGAACAACCAGGUCGGCGUAUACAGUGAUGAGAGUCGCAGCUGCUCCUGCCCCUACAACCAUCCUCCCUGCCAGGGCCUCAUUCCCUGCUCAGUGGGCGACGGUUCCCGCUGUGCCUCUUGUUCCACAGAGAACCGAACUCGAUGCUCCAGCUGUAACGCCGGCUUCACUCUGACCCAGGGAGUUUGCCGGCCGGCUGUGCCCGACCCCACCGACCCCUACCUGGGCCUGGAGAGUGACAGAGAUCUGCAGGACCUGGAACUGCGCUACCUGCUGCAGCGGCGCGACCCUCGCAUCUCUCUGCACGCUGUAUUCGUGAGCAACGACGUGCGCAUCAACACUUGGUUUGAUCCCUCCUGGAGGAAAAGGAUGCUGCUCACCCUCAAGAGCAACCGGGUGAAAUCCAACCGUGUUCAUGUGCUCCUCGGACUCACUGUGCAGUUUUGCCUCACCAGAAACAGCACCGUGGAGCCCGCCCUGUCGCUGUUUGUCAAUCCCUUUGGAGGAAGCCAUUCAGAGAGCUGGACCAUGCCUAUAGGUCAGCAUGGAUACCCUGACUGGGAGCGGACCAAGCUGGAUAUCCCCUUGGACUGCUAUAACUGGACGUUGACUCUUGGAAACAGAUGGAAGAGCUUUUUUGAGACGGUUCAUUUUUACCUGAGGAGUAAUAUCAGGGACGCUGUGGGAGCGACGGGAGGAAACAAAAACGUGACGCUGUUCUACGAGCCUCUGGAGGCGGCCGAGCCGUCCAACAACAUCGGCUACAUGAAGGUGAACAGCAUGCAGCUGUUCGGAUACGGCGUGCACUUCGACCCCGAGGCGAUCCAGGACCUGAUUCUGCAGAUAGACUACCCGUACACUCAGGGAUCGCAGGACUCGGCCCUGCUGCAGCUGGUGGAGCUGCGCUACAGGGUUAACCGCCUCUCGCCCCCAGGGGCCCCACACGUGGAUCUGUUCGCUUGUCUGCUCCGCCACAGACUCAAACUGUCCAGUGCAGACGUGACCAGGAUACUCACCGCCCUGCAAGCUUUUAGCGCCAGACAACCAAACUACACGGAGUACGAGGCAAAUAAACUGUGCAGUUAAUGGCCCCUGUUUGAUGAUUUGUACUAUUUCCUUGCCACAGACAGGCCUGUAUCCUUUGUCAGCUGGAUCAAUUUGUGUCAAGUGUGUGGUUUGUUGUGCAAGACUGUGCUGUACAUACACAAUGUGCAAUUAAAUUUGAUGUUUUUAUAAUUCCCUUGUAAUGUUAUGGAUUAAAGCUUUUAAAACAUGGCUUAACAAGCAAAAAUCUA